AUGGCAACUCAAGAACAUAUCAAUUGGUUUCUUUCACAAAAGAACAGCCAACUCCAUCCUGCACGAUUCUAUGAAAAAUUUAAAUAUUCUUACACACAGAAGGCAGAGGCUGAACGAGAGUACGCCACCAUGGUGUGUCAUUUUGUAAAUUAUAAUGACCGUAGGGUAAAGACUAAUGCCACAGAGCUUAUUAGACGGUUAUCUCUCAUGCUCAACGACUUGGAAUCAGACCAUUACUGGCAGACUGUCCGGGAGAAAACGGUAGAAACAGAAAUGCAGUAUGACAAGCUUAUUCAUAGAGCAUCGACAUUCAAGCGCGUUUAUGAGGAGCACAAGAUAUAUGGUGAAUGUAUAAACAAACGGGCUCGCCAAAUGCUUAAUGACUCACCAUGUCCAGACCAUCGUUCAAUCACAACAGAAUCAGAAAAAAUUGAAACGGAUUCAGAAAAGAGUUUAGCAGAAUCAGAACCUCAAUCAGAGAGCAUUAAAACAGAUUCAGAAAAGAGUGAUAGUGCAACAGAAUCAGAACCUCAACCUGAAAGCAUCAAAACGGAUUCAGAAAAGAGUGAUAGUGAUGAUUAUGAAGAUGAUUAUGAUAGUGACGAUUAUGACUACAAUGAUAAGCGUAUUGAUGAGGAUUUAGAGAAGGAGCAACCUCUCCCAUUACACUCAACUCCAUCAACAAAUAUUGAUUGGGAGAAUGUAAUGACCAUGGUGGAGACUGCACGAAAAUCCAUUCCAAAAUGCAAACAGAUGUAUCAUCCCCUCUGGUACUAUAUUAUUGACCAUACUGGCCAACAUACUCCUACAAAUUCUCUUCUAAAGGACUAUCUCCAGGACAUGCAAUCAGAAAUAAGGACUAGAAUUGUAAUGAAAACCCAGGAAUUAGAUGAGAAUGAAACAAGAUUUCUUUGUCGCAUUAUAGAGUCUGAUAAUUAUGAUACUGUUUGUCCAACUGAUGAUAAAGAGCGAAUAAUCAAGGAGUGCUUUAUAUCUAUUCUUAAAUAUAUAAGGCGUAAUGCAAGUCAACGUAUGUCCGAGACAGAAUAUACAAGUCGUACACUUAUGCCGCUGCUUGAUGCCACAGUUGAAACAAACCCUGAUCUUGUCAUCUCCUAUGGUGAGCAGAGCUUGGCUUCAUCAGCUUAUCGAAGAAAUCAAACCAGAAAUCCUCAACUCCGUGCAAGGAUGGGCUACAAGACAGAUAUACGUAUAAACUUCUCAGGGUUAUUUGGGGGGGCAGAGGUUGCUGUUGGUGAAGUUUCUGGAGGAGUCCCAAAAUGCUCUGCGUCCAAACAAUGGCGAGACAAAAUGAAAGUUUCAUGGGAAUUGCGAGAUAUAUGGUUCUAUAUAAGUAGCAAGUUUCAAGAUGUUGAUACUUCUGCUGUGGUUUUCUGGGGUUUCCAGGACAUUGGGUUUGAAUUAAAAUUCUAUGCUCUUGUCCCUUACAAGAGGUUAUUCCAUCUUGUUCUUAUCAACACUGUGAGGAAACCCUCAUCAAAAUAUGACCUACAUAAUCUGCAAUCUGUGCUGAAUGCUCUUUUGACAUUCAAAAAGAAUGUUGAAGGGACCAUUGCACAUCUGGUCAAGCUUGAAAAGUCACAAACAAGACGUGACGUUGCUUGGCAUGAAGCAUCCGAUCUUGAAAGGGAAUUGAAAAAGCAAGACUACCAAAGACGUCAACUUAAAAAUGUCAAUGAGAUUGAGCAAGAAACCGAAUUUAUAUGUAACUGUCUAAAGGAUGUCUACGAAGACAUGAUACUAUCCGAUUUACAACUUGCGAGUGAACAUGGAAUCGAAGAGCGAUUGUGGCGACACGUGUUCUAUAGCUACAUCGAAGAAUUGCGCAUUCAAUUGAGAAAGAAUAAGCAGCCACAAAGCCACGAAUAUCAAAUGGCUUAUUUGGAACUGAGUAGAUACUUAGACAUGGGAACGGGGUUUUACCAUACGCUUGUCAAUACUAUCAAGAUAAGCGAGGGAAUAAAUCUCAACACUAUCGGAAUUGACCUCUUACUCUCCACAUUCGCCUCUUCUGCGUCCCAAACUUCGCCCAAUACGUCUCGCAAACGUUCAUCUUCAAAAGCUUGUACCGCAUAUUCCUCACGCAAGCAACUUGCCGCAGAGUGUAUACAACGAUGUUUGAUCUAUUUAGGAGAUCUCGCAAGAUAUAGAGAAUGUAUAGCUGAUGUGGAGGGAAACAAGAAAUGGGAAUUUGCAAAGAGGUUUUAUUUAACGGCCGCUAGAGUGUUCCUCGACAAUGGAAAGGCUCAAGGUCAACUUGCUGUCCUGGCCGCGUAUUCUGAAAACGAUCUCGAUAUUAUCUACUGGGAUACUUUCAGUCUUGCAAUGAAACAACCAUCUUUAAUUGCCGAAGACAAUUUACAAAACUUUUACACACAAUUUGCGAUGCGCUCACCCGAAAUGGUGUUGAGUGAUUCUGAGACUGAUUAUAUACUUGGAGCACUAGACGGCGUUGAUGCAUUAGUCAAACUUUACUUGCGGACUAAAUUUGUAGAACGGUUACUAAGCUUGGGCGGCACUUUUUAUCAGUUUAUCUAUGCCUGUUCAAUCAAGAUACUUCAAGAAACAAUAGGAACGUCUGUCCUUUCGUCCCCAAUGGUCACGAAAUUGAUAUUUAUUAAUAUUUAUACACUCUGGGACUUUCGUCGUCAGAGUCUGCGUAGUAACAGCGCAAAACGAUCAAGUAGAGACAGCAAGUACCUUACCAGUCCAACAAACAAAGAGGGUAGAUAUGUCACUAAACCAACUGGUAGAGAAGGUAACAAUCUUGUCGGAAGCAGUACUAGCGCUAAUGCUAGUAAUACGGAUGGACAUAUAAAAACAUUACAGCAAGCUGCUUUUGCUGUUGGAUUCGCAUUAUGUUUGCGAGCAUCGUACGCACAUGUUAAAGCAGAGAGAGAAAAAGGGUCACCUGAAGAUGAUGUCGCGCAGAUGUUUAUUACGACGGUUACCAGCUUUCUUAAAUCUCUGGCUACAUUUCUGGCUCACCCUCUAGUCUCUCAAUCUUCCCUUCUAUCCUUGUCUUCACGCGACUCGAAAAUAUUGCUCACAAAACGUCCGAUUACCGAAGAUAUUGAAUUCCUUGGAACCGCUCCAUUACGACCUGUUCAAGAAGGACUGGAUUGGAGUGUGUAUACGGAAGCAUAUAAUGGAGAAGAGUAUAAAAGCGAAGAAGAGGAUGAAGUGAGAAUCGCGAGAGUCAUUGGAUUUGCCAGGCGAGUCGCUGAGAUUAAGACAAUCGAAAUAUUUACUUACAAUGAGCAAACGAGAAUGUUUACUUUCUUAGACGAAGAGACAAAGAAAAGAGAACGCCAACGCUUACUGAAAAUUAUGGCUGAACAAAGACUCAGAGAACAAGUUACAUCGCGUUAA